AUGGUGAGAAAGAGUUUGGGCUACCAGAAGAAUGGUCUCCCCAAGCAACAACUAACCCCACCUGUCAGCUCCUAUGCCAGAGAUUUGGAAAAGCCUCUUCAGAUCGGCAACAGCCCAGGACACAAAUACUACUUGGCUGUGGACCCUGUGACUGGCUCCCUCUACGUUUCUGACACCAACAGUCGCCGAAUCUACAGAGUCAAGUCUCUGAGUGGAGCCAAGGACCUGGCUGGGAAUUCAGAGGUUGUGGCAGGGACUGGUGAACAGUGUCUGCCCUUUGAUGAAGCCCGCUGUGGGGAUGGAGGGAAGGCUGUGGAUGCAACCCUGAUGAGCCCUCGAGGUAUUGCAGUGGACAAGAAUGGACUUAUGUACUUCGUUGAUGCCACCAUGAUCCGGAAGGUUGACCAAAAUGGAAUCAUCUCCACCUUGCUGGGGUCCAAUGACCUUACGGCUGUCCGGCCACUGAGCUGUGACUCCAGCAUGGAUGUGGCCCAGGUUCGUCUGGAGUGGCCAACAGACCUUGCUGUCAACCCCAUGGACAAUUCCCUAUACGUUCUUGAGAACAAUGUCAUCCUGCGAAUCACCGAGAAUCACCAGGUCAGCAUCAUCGCAGGACGGCCUAUGCACUGCCAGGUUCCCGGCAUUGACUACUCACUCAGUAAGCUUGCCAUCCACUCUGCUCUGGAGUCAGCCAGCGCCAUCGCCAUUUCUCACACUGGCGUGCUCUACAUCACUGAGACUGACGAGAAAAAGAUCAACCGCCUACGCCAGGUCACCACCAAUGGGGAAAUCUGCCUCUUAGCCGGGGCAGCUUCUGACUGCGACUGCAAAAAUGACGUCAAUUGCAUCUGCUAUUCCGGAGAUGAUGCUUACGCCACAGAUGCCAUCUUGAACUCCCCAUCCUCUUUAGCUGUGGCUCCAGACGGCACCAUCUACAUCGCAGACCUUGGGAAUAUUCGGAUUAGGGCGGUCAGCAAAAACAAACCUGUUCUUAAUGCAUUCAACCAGUAUGAGGCUGCGUCUCCGGGAGAGCAGGAACUGUACGUGUUCAACGCCGACGGUAUCCAUCAGUACACCGUGAGUCUGGUGACGGGGGAGUACUUGUACAAUUUCACAUACAGCGCUGACAAUGACGUCACCGAGUUGAUUGACAACAACGGAAAUUCUCUAAAGAUCCGCCGGGACAGCAGUGGCAUGCCCCGCCACCUGCUCAUGCCGGAUAACCAGAUCAUCACCCUUACCGUGGGCACCAAUGGAGGUCUCAAAGCCGUGUCCACACAGAACCUGGAGCUUGGCCUCAUGACCUAUGAUGGGAACACUGGACUCCUAGCCACCAAGAGUGAUGAAACUGGAUGGACUACAUUCUAUGACUAUGACCAUGAGGGCCGGCUGACCAAUGUGACACGCCCCACGGGGGUGGUGACCAGUUUGCACCGGGAAAUGGAGAAAUCCAUCACCAUUGACAUUGAGAACUCCAACCGUGAUGACGAUGUCACUGUGAUCACCAACCUCUCUUCAGUGGAGGCCUCCUACACAGUGGUGCAAGAUCAAGUGCGAAACAGCUACCAACUCUGCAAUAAUGGAACCCUGCGGGUAAUGUAUGCCAACGGCAUGGGCGUCAGCUUCCACAGUGAGCCCCACGUCCUGGCAGGCACCAUCACCCCCACCAUUGGGCGCUGCAACAUCUCACUGCCCAUGGAGAAUGGCCUAAACUCCAUCGAGUGGCGUCUGAGGAAGGAACAGAUUAAAGGCAAAGUCACCAUCUUUGGGAGGAAGCUUCGGAUUUACAGGUUCUCUGAGGAAGGCAUGAUCAACGCCAGGUUUGACUACACCUAUCAUGACAACAGCUUCCGCAUUGCCAGCAUCAAACCCGUCAUAAGUGAGACUCCCCUUCCUGUUGACCUCUACCGCUAUGAUGAGAUUUCUGGCAAGGUGGAACACUUUGGCAAGUUUGGUGUCAUCUACUAUGACAUCAACCAGAUCAUCACCACUGCUGUCAUGACUCUCAGCAAGCACUUUGACACCCAUGGGCGCAUCAAGGAGGUGCAAUAUGAGAUGUUCCGGUCCCUCAUGUACUGGAUGACAGUGCAAUAUGACAGCAUGGGUAGGGUCAUCAAGAGGGAAUUGAAGUUGGGGCCCUAUGCCAACACCACAAAAUACACCUAUGACUAUGAUGGGGAUGGCCAGCUCCAGAGUGUGGCAGUCAAUGACCGGCCUACCUGGCGCUAUAGUUAUGACCUCAAUGGGAACCUGCACCUGCUAAACCCAGGAAACAGUGCUCGCCUCAUGCCCUUACGCUAUGACCUUCGUGACCGGAUAACUAGGCUGGGAGAUGUACAGUACAAAAUCGAUGAUGAUGGCUAUUUAUGCCAGCGAGGGUCUGACAUCUUUGAAUAUAAUUCCAAGGGCCUUCUAACAAGAGCAUACAACAAAGCCAGUGGGUGGAGUGUGCAGUACCGUUAUGAUGGCGUGGGUCGCCGGGCUUCCUACAAGACCAACCUGGGCCACCACCUGCAGUACUUCUACUCUGACCUCCACAACCCUACCCGUAUCACCCAUGUCUACAACCAUUCCAACUCUGAGAUCACCUCACUGUAUUAUGACCUCCAGGGGCACCUCUUUGCCAUGGAGAGCAGCAGUGGGGAGGAGUACUAUGUUGCCUCAGACAACACUGGGACCCCUCUGGCUGUGUUUAGCAUCAAUGGCCUCAUGAUCAAGCAACUGCAGUACACAGCCUAUGGGGAGAUUUACUAUGACUCUAACCCUGAUUUUCAGAUGGUCAUUGCGUGA